AUGACUAAAUUAAAAGAAUAUUGUCUUAAAGCGACGAAACUUGGUUCUAUAAAUAUAGGAUACGCUGCUCGUAUUAAAAUCGAUCAACUUCAUAGUAUUAUUUAUCCAAUAGAUACAAAAUUAUUCAAUGAAACAGAACGGACUAGAGUUCAAGUACUUGUGCUUGGAGCAAAAGCACCACGUAAAGGUUUUGUUAUUCAACAAUAUUUUGAGACGCUUAUUGGUGAUGAAAAACUAGAAGGAAAAAGACGAUACGCUGAAAAUAUGGUCAAUGAAAAACUAGCAAUGAAUGUCCUUGGAUCAUGGAUACUUGAUGCUCAUGCAGUACAAGUAUUUUUCGAUGAUCCAACACAUUUAUAUCAAGACCUCCUAUGUGAUGACGCUAGUACAUAUGUGAAACAAUUAUUUAAAUAA